AGCAUGCAGUGGUGAGUCAGAAACUGGAGACAAUGAAGAAGAAGUUGGAGAUGAUGAAGACGAAGAGGAACGAGAUGGAGCGAUCGCUGGUCGUCAUGAACAAACUCACCGUCACCACGGAAGACGCCAUCGCAGAGCUGGAGCAGGAGCUGGAGGAGUUGAACAUCCAGAUCCAGGACCUGCAGAGGUCAGAGGACAUGCUGAGGUCAUCGCUGAACGAUGUCACGUCCAGGAGGAGCGGGCUGGAGAGCCAGCACAGGAAACACAUGGACGAACGUUCAAGUGUGCUCAGCCAGAACCAGGAAAACCUGGACGAAGCCUUGCAGUACAACAAGAAGGUGGCAGAGGCGUACCGAAGUCUGAUGAACGAGAAACUGGACAUUAAGGACACUCUGCUGCAGGAGAUGGAUGCCAGGGUCAAGAUGGAGUCUUCUCUUAAGGAUCUUAAAGAGUUGUCAGGCCUGCAGAGCCGCCUGCACCUGGCCCUGGUGCAGUACUUUGACCUGCGGGGUGCGUAUAACCAGGCGGGGCUGGCGCGGAUGGAGCAGGUCGGGCAGGAGACCGGCAAGAGGAUCCUGGUACUGCAGGACGGCAUGAACGACGCCGUCAAGGAAAUCACCGGUUUUCUUAAGGGUCAGCUUGAUGGCUCAGCAGCCAGAGAAGUGUCGGAGGCUGCUGCUAAGGCCCUGCGGGAGGAGACACACACACCAAUGCCUGGGGUGGUCAGGGAAGACACCAGGACAUCCGCCAUCAAGGCAACGUAGCAGCAGUUGUCUGUCAAAACUUGCUGUUAAGUAUAAAAUGUGUUAUGUACAUUACAUCAUAUGUAUCUAAUAUAUCAGAUGAUGUGAGAUUUCUGACAAAUCUUGCUGUAAAGUUUGUGAAGAUUAGUCACUUGCUGUAAAGUAUAAAACAUAAUAUGAUGAAGACACCAGAAACUCUGCCAGCAUAUAAUUGUAAAAUUUGAAAUAUUGUCUGUCCAACUUGCUGUUUAAGUAUAAAACAUGAUAUGCAUCUAAUAUAUCAGGUGUAUUUUACAACUUAUAUAAUGUAUGAUCACACAAGAGUUUGUUGCUUAAAAUGCGUGCAGAUCAGAGUCCUUUUAAAGGCAGUAUU